AUGGUCCUGAUCGUCCACGACCUCAAAACUCACUCGCAACACCUACACUCCCCACGCACCCGCAUCCGCGAUCCCACCUGGCGGGCUCCUCCCGGCGUCGUCGUCAUGAAGUUUGGCGAGCAGCUCCGGUCGAGCGUGAUCCGCGAGUACCAAUGGUACUACAUCGACUAUGACGGUCUGAAAGAUGACCUCAAACACCCCAGCGGGCCGACGCCCCAAACCGCGGCCGGCACCGACGAGCAGCGCACGAAGCCCGGCAAGCUCCCGCGCCGCGAAUGGACCGAGGAGGACGAGAGCCGCUUCGUGAGCAAGCUUGAGUCGGAGCUGGAAAAGGUCCACACCAAGCAGCAGGUCAAGGCCAUGGAAAUCUCGCGCCGCAUCGCCGUCAGCGAACGCGAAGUGCGCGACGUCGUCAACCGCCUUAAUGAACGCGGUCUCAAUCAGGACGGCCCUAGCGAGGAGGAAUUCAUGCUGCUUGAGGAGGAUCUCAGCGAUAUCAUUGCUGAUGUUCACGAUUUGGCCAAGUUUGUGCAGCUCAACUACACGGGGUUCUAUAAGAUCAUCAAGAAGCAUGAUAAACGAACUGGAUGGCAUCUACGGCCCGUGUUCGACACCCGACUCAAGGCGAAACCGUUCUACAAAGAAAACUACGAUGCGUCCGUGGUGCAGCUGUCCAAGCUCUACGACCUGGUCCGGACGAGAGGAAACCCGGUAAAGGGCGACAGCGCGGCCGGCGGGAGCCAAGCCAACUUUGUCCGACACACGACAAAAUACUGGGUGCAUCCCGACAACGUCACGGAGCUCAAGCUCAUCAUCCUCAAGCAUCUGCCCGUGCUCGUCUUCAAUGCGAGCAAAGAGUUCGAGGCGCAAGACUCUGCCAUCACGUCGAUCUACUACGAUAACCCGGAGAAGUGGGAUCUGUACGAAGGACGCCUGAAGAAGACGGAGGGCGCUGAGGCGAUCCGGCUACGGUGGUACGGCGGUAUGCAGAACGAGACCAUUUUUGUUGAGCGCAAAACCCAUCGCGAGGAUUGGACGGGCGAGAAGUCGGUCAAGGCGCGCUUCUCGCUCAAAGAGAAGAAUGUGAACUCCUACCUGAAGGGCGAGCUUCUGCCGGCCGCCAUCUUUGAGAAGGCACGCAAGGAGGGCAAGAAGUCGGAGAAUGCCAUUGCUCAGGAUGAGAGGCUGGCUCGUGAGAUCCAGUGGUCCGUUCUGAAAAAAGGCUACAAGCCGGUGUGUCGGUCUUUUUACCACCGCACGGCAUUCCAGCUGCCCGCCGACGCGCGUGUUCGCAUCUCGCUCGACACGGAGCUUACCAUGGUCCGCGAAGAUAACCUCGACGGGGUUAGGAGGGCGGGAGACAACUGGAGGCGCAUGGACAUUGGGAUCGACUACCCCUUCUCGCAACUCCCGCCUGAGGAUGUCGUGCGGUUCCCGUACGCCAUUCUCGAGGUCAAGCUGCAGACGCAGCUGGGCCAGGAGCCCCCCGAGUGGGUGCGGCAGCUGAUCUCAAGCCACCUUGUCGAAGCGGUGCCCAAGUUUUCCAAAUUCAUCCACGGCGUCGCCUGUCUCUUCCCCGAUAGGAUCAACCUCCUCCCGUUCUGGAUGCCGCAGAUGGACGUCGACAUCCGCAAGCCGGUGUCGCACGACUUUGGGAUCAAGCGACUUGAACACUCGGCCACCACAUCGAUCUCAGAAGACGAAGACGAAGACGAGGACGAAGACGACGAUUACGACUCGGAUGACGAAGGCCGGCUCGCUGCCGGCGUCAACGGCCGCCACGGCGAAACCAGCGCAUCCGGCGCGCGAAACGGCGGCCGGAUCUCCAGUGCGACAGACGUGGAAGGCCAAACCCUGGACCGCCCGUCCGACGCCACCAGCGACGGCGACACGUACCUCUACGACUCGGACGACGAGGAGGACGAGGACCGGCUAGAGGCGGCCCGCCGCGUGGGCGGCUGGACGUACUACCGCACGCGGGCUUCGACGCUGGCCAACUCGGCCGGACGCGGCGCGUGGUGGGUGCUGCAGGCACUGGUGCCGCGGCCGCGGUCGACUGAGGUGCCUCGCAACGCGCGGCUGGAGUCGCUUCUCGGGUCGGGCGAGAUCCAGCAGCGCCGGUUCAAGGCGCCCAAGGGCAAGAAGAUUUAUGUGCCUGUGCGGGUUGAGCCUAAGGUGUAUUUUGCUGCUGAGCGGACAUUCCUUGGCUGGCUCGAAUACUCAAUCUACAUCAGCACCAUCGCCGUAACGCUCCUCAACUUCGGCGUCAAACAGGGCAAUUCCACCAGCUUUAUCGCCGCCGCCGCGUUCACCCUGAUCGCCUUGCUCUCGCUCGCCUACUCGGUCGCCAUCUACCUGUACCGCAGCAAGGCUAUCCGCUCGCGUCGCGCGGCCAAGUACCAUGACCAGAUUGGGCCGAGUGUGCUUUGUGGCGCGCUGUUUGUGGCGGUGGCGUUGAAUUUUGCGUUGGAGGGGAGGAGUCGGGAGUUUUGGUAG